AGUAAGAUUAAUUUCUUCAUCCAAAUGAAAACAAUAAUCCACCAAAAGUCCAAAACUGAUUGUACUAGCACUUCAAAUUAAACUAUUUAUUGAUUUGAUGCGUUCAGUCAUCUGAAAUUCUGAACAAUUCGUAUUGAACUUGGGAGAUUACCACCAGUUUCACAAAUCCCAAAGAUGAUCCAUCAAGAAGAAAUCUUAUUUGACAUACUUUCACGACUACCUGCUAAAUCCAUUGGCCGAUUACGGUGUGUUUCAAAGCCAUGGAAAUCUCUUCUAAGUUCUAACCCAACCCCACUUCAUCAAAACCCACCUUUAUCGAACCAAACAUCUUCCUAACCAAUAUCAAUCACUAAUCCUAGUUUCUGAGGAACUCCAUUCCCUGCAUUUAACCCAAUUGAAUAAUGCCCACCACCUGUUCGACGAAAUUACCACUUUUGCUACCAAGCUCUGUUUUGAUGAUCAUCGUUUUGGUUCGACCCUUGUUAAUAAUGUUUGUUCUUGUGAUGGUUUAGUCUUUGUUUGUGACGAGGAAAGCAAGAUGUUGUUGGUAAACCCGACAACAAGAGAGAUGAAGGAGUUGCUGAGUUCGCGGUAUGCUAUUGAUCCUUAUGCUAGUUUUACCAUGUAUGGACUUGGAAAUGAUACUUGGAAGAGGGCUGAGAGUUCUCAGUAUGAUCAUGGCAUCCCGGAUGGAUUUUGUGUUAGAGGGACCUUCAUGGAGAGAGCCUUGUCUCGCCUUGUUUAGAAUAUUGAAGCUUUGGAAGAAGGCUAAGUUAGGAACAAAUGGUGCUGGUGAUACACGAGGAGACCACUGCUAAGGAAUUAAUAUGUUCAAUUUGAGAUCAAGGAUUUCAUUGUUUAUGGCAUUCCAGAUGUUUUUGGGGUUGGAGGCAGCUUCAUGAGGAGCUGGCUUUGUCUCUCCUUGUUGCGUGACUACAAAAGAUUGUUUGAUGUCAGUUAUUAGGGAGCGCAUGACAGCUAAGUAUAUAUUUCUUUCUAAAUUUUCAUGCUUUCUUACUCUGUACGUGAUUGUGAAAGUACAUGUUGCCAUGUUUUUUUAAGACAGAGUUGUUCUCCCAAAAGAGACUUGUAACGUUUAUAUUUUUGUAGGACGCUAUGAUCGUUUUUUCUUAGCUUUCUUUUGAGAAGAACCUUCCCAAGUGUGUCAGUUAUGUUUUUCCCACGCACUGUUAUGUGAUUGUGUGAAUUGUGAGGUGUUUUAAUUUCCUGUGGUUCAUACCGAUGAUCUAGUUGAUAUUUGUAGAAAUGCAAUCAAGCUGGUAAUUUAAUUGCUAUUGUCAUAUGGCAAAAUAACAUCUGCUACCAAGUUUUAGGUGCUAUUGAAUUUCUUUUGAUUGCUUUAUACUUAAGAUUAUUAAUUUUGUUGAUAUUUACUACGGAGUACAUUAUCAUGCGAUCAUUCUCGCUUUCCAUUUCUUUAUUCCCUCUAUUUGUUCUAAAAAUAAUAAUGCACACUACCAAUUUCUUUAUAAAUUUUGUUGAUAUUUACUACGGAGUACAAUUUUCCCUCGUUUCGUGUUAAAAUGGCUUCAUGUCUGUGAUGGAUGCUUCUGAAUUUUCUGAAACUGAAAUUGGGGAGAUUGAGUUUGAUCAGUUGGCCAAACCAUAGUUAUAUUCAAAUUUUCUUAAAAAAAUAAUCAGUUCACCAAAAAAAUCCAAUGAGAAUUCCUUCUUACCCAAUCCCAAGUUCCUAACAAAAUACUGUAAGGCCACAACAAAAGAAAAACACAUAUUCAUUUUAUUUUCCCAAUUAUCUUGAUUAUCCUAUAUAUAUCACUGAGUUAUAUAUUGCACACCACCUGUUCACAAAAUGAGAAUAUUUGCUGAGUUGAAAUUGCUUCAUGCGAUUGAUGGGUUGGUUUUAAUUAAGGUGUUGCCGAUACACAAUGUUUGGACUUGAAUUGGGUAUGAUUUCUUAUUUUUUAACUGUUAUAAAAUAAGAUUUCUGAUUCACAAAUCACAUGUUAUUAGUUAAUUUUUGAGAAGAUAAGUUUCCUUUAUCAUGUGCUCCGCCAUGCCUACACGUGAUCCUAUCCGAAGAUAACUCGCUACUAUACCGGAAGUCCGGAACAACUAUAAAUAUAUGGCCUGGCUAACCAAGAUAAGUUAACCCAUACCUUUGUAGGCUAGUUGCUUUAAAGUUGCAUUUCAUUAUUCACAAAUCUCUUGAAAAUAGAGUUGAUGUUCCAUGAAAUGCGGAUAUCAUGUUGUAGUCACUAACACCAUUCCCACUUAUUUUUAAUUUGGUCAAUUAUUAGCUUAUUUGUCAGUGCUCACUAACAACAUUCUCAUUCAUAUUAAAAAUUUGACAUUGUAUUAAAUUCUACUAACUAGCCCACAUGCACACACGUAAUCCAGAUCAUUUUUUAUACCUUCAACAUUGACCCAGGUUAGUUAGUACUACUAACAACCUUAAUUAUUAUGCGGAAUUAAGCCAUCAAUCAAAUUCGGUAUUGUGUAUUGAUUAUCACUUUCUUAUCCUUUUCUCUUCCUCUCACAAACUCUCAUUUUCUCUGUCUACUUCAGCAACCAAGAAUGGAUAUUGGAACAGCCAUGUCUGUAGCUCAAACUUUGUUUGCAGCACUGCAGUGUUCUCAGCUUAAUGAGAUCUGCUCCAUUGCUGGUUACAAAUCCAAACUCGAUGAACUCCGUCGCACUGUCUUAAGAAUCAAGGCUGUGCUUAAGGAUGCUGAGGCCAAGCAAGAGCUGUCCGAACAAGAACAGCUCUAUAUUGAAGAACUCAAGGAUGCUGUUUAUGAAGCCGAUGAUCUCUUUGAUGAGUUUGUCACUCUUGCUGAGCGGAAGCAGCUCUCCAAGGGUAUCAAGGUUUGUGUGCUUUCACUUUUCACCAAGUUUGGUACAGCUUACAAUAUGGCUCAAGGGGUUAAGAAGAUCAAGAAUAAGUUGGAUGCUAUUGUUUAUGAUAAGCGGUUCAGCUUGAGCAUUGAUCCUAAUCCUAUUAAGAAUCGAAGGCUUGAAACUUGUGCUUAUGUGUAUGAAGAUGAUAUCAUUGGAAGAGAGCUUGAUUUGGAGAAGGUUAUUGGUGUGUUGCUCGAUUCUAAUGUUCAAAAAAACGUCUCUUUCCUUUCAAUUGUGGGGAUUGGAGGGUUGGGGAAAACUGUCCUUGCCCAACUCGUGUAUAACGAUACUAGAAUCACAACUGCAUUUUCUUUGAGGUUGUGGACUUGUGUCUCUGAUGAGAAUGAGGAACUGCUGGAUGUGCGGGGUGUUCUUGAUAAGAUUGUAGCUUCAGCUAUGAAUCAUAAGAUGAAUGAGGGCUCUACCAUGGAUGCAUUGCAAAGACAACUUCGAGAACAACUUGCUGGGAAAAAAUACUUGCUUGUUUUGGAUGAUGUAUGGACUGAAAAUUAUGACCGCUGGCAUACAUUGAAGCAAUAUUUGAUGGGAGGUCAAAAAGGAAGUUGGAUUGUGGUUACAACACGUUCACAUCGAACUGCGGAAAUCAUAGGAGAUGGUGCAAGGCACGAUUUGCAAGGCUUGUCGAAAGAAAAUUCAUGGUGUUUAUUUAAAAGAGUAGCAUUUGGAUCUAAUCAUUCAAGCCUUCCCAAUGACUUGGUUAAAAUUGGCCAAUAUAUUGUUGAGGAAUGUGUGAACGUCCCUCUUGCAAUUAGAGUGAUAGGAAGUCUUCUUUAUGGCCAAGACAAACAAAAGUGGCUUUCAAUUCAGAAAAUGGGGUUAGGAAAAAUUAAAGGAAGCCAAAAUAGCAUCAUGCCUACAUUGAUGCUUAGUUACUAUCAACUUGAAUCCCCAUUAAAAAGCUGUUUUGGCUAUUGUGCAAUUUUUCCUAGAGAUUAUGUGAUGGAGAAGGUUACAUUGAUUAGGCUUUGGAUGGCACAAGGCUACAUUCCGUUAGAUGACCAUCAAAGCCCUGAAGAUCUUGCCGAGGAGUAUUUUUCGGUUUUGUUGCAUAAAUGUUUCUUCCAAGACGUAAAGAAAGAUGAAUAUGGAUAUAUUAGAUCAUGUAAGAUACAUGAUUUAAUGCAUAAUGUUGCUCAAGAAGUUAUGAGAAAUGAGAUUUGUUAGGUGAAAACCAUGAACGGGGAUGUGAA